GUACUUGCAGAUGAUGUCCAUCGUCAUUGGUCUUCAGCAUCUGCCAGGCUGAUCCAUGGUCAGUUUCCAGUAUGGCAGCAAGGUGACUUAGCUGAGGAUGACCCUGACUGAAAGACUGCGUGAGAAGAUAUCUCAGGCCUUCUACAGCCAUGGGCUGCUCUGUGCAUCCUAUCCCAUCCCCAUCAUCCUCUUCACAGGACUCUGCAUCUUAGCCUGCUGCUACCCGCUGCUGAAGCUCCCCUUGCCUGGAACGGGACCUGUGGAAUUCUCCACUCCUGUGAAGGAUUACUUGCCCCCGCCUGUGGACUCUGACCACAAACAAGGAGAGCCCAGCGAGCAGCCGGAGUGGUAUGUGGGUGCUCCAGUGGCAUACAUCCAGCAGAUAUUUGUGAAGUCAUCAGUGUCUCCCUGGCACAAAAACCUUCUGGCAGUAGAUGUGUUUCGCUCACCUCUGUCCCGGGCAUUCCAGCUGGUGGAAGAGAUCCGAAACCAUGUGCUGAGAGACAGCUCCGGGACCAAGAGCCUGGAGGAGGUUUGCCUGCAGGUGACAGACCUGCUGCCAGGCCUCAGGAAACUACGGACCUUACUUCCUGAACAUGGCUGCCUGUUGCUGUCCCCUGGGAACUUCUGGCAGAAUGACUGGGAACGAUUCCAUGCUGAUCCUGACAUCAUUGGGACCAUUCAUCAGCAUGAACCUAAAACUCUGCAGACAUCAGCCACACUCAAAGACUUGCUGUUUGGAGUUCCUGGGAAAUACAGUGGAGUGAGCCUCUACACAAGGAAGAGGAUGGUCUCAUACACCAUCACCCUCGUCUUUCAGCACUACCAUGCCAAGUUCCUGAGCAGCCUGCGUACCCGGCUCAUGCUCCUGUACCCCAGCCCCAACUGCAGCUUUCGGGCAGAGAACCUGGUCCAUGUGCACUUCAAAGAAGAGAUUGGUGUUGCCGAGCUCAUCCCCCUGGUGACCACCUACAUCAUCUUGUUUGCCUACAUCUACUUCUCCACACGCAAGAUCGACAUGGUCAAGUCCAAGUGGGGGCUCGCCCUGGCUGCCGUGGUCACAGUGCUCAGCUCACUGCUCAUGUCUGUGGGGCUCUGCACUCUCUUCGGCCUCACACCCACACUCAAUGGCGGUGAAAUUUUCCCAUACCUGGUGGUAGUUAUUGGGUUAGAGAAUGUGUUGGUGCUCACCAAGUCAGUGGUCUCAACCCCAGUGGACCUUGAGGUGAAGCUGCGGAUUGCACAAGGCCUAAGCAGCGAGAGCUGGUCCAUCAUGAAGAACAUGGCAACUGAACUAGGCAUUAUCCUUAUUGGCUACUUUACCCUUGUGCCUGCCAUCCAGGAGUUCUGUCUCUUUGCUGUUGUGGGUCUGGUGUCUGACUUCUUCCUCCAGAUGCUGUUUUUCACCACUGUCCUGUCCAUUGACAUUCGCCGGAUGGAGCUAGCGGAUCUGAACAAGCGGCUGCCCCCUGAGUCCUGCUUGCCCUCAGCCAAGCCUGUGGGGCGACCUACACGUUACGAGAGACAGCUAGCUGUACGGCCAUCCACACCCCAUACCAUCACAUUACAACCAUCAUCCUUCCGAAAUCUGCGACUCCCCAAAAGACUGCGUGUUGUCUACUUCCUGGCCCGUACUCGCUUGGCACAGCGCCUUAUCAUGGCGGGUACCGUUGUCUGGAUUGGCAUCCUGGUGUAUACAGACCCAGCAGGACUACGUACCUACCUCGCUGCCCAGGUGACGGAACAGAGCCCAUUGGGUGAGGGCUCCCUGGCCCCAAUGCCAGUUCCCAGUGGUGUGCUGCCUGCCAACCACCCAGACCCUGCCUUCUCCAUCUUCCCACCUGAUGCCCCUAAACUACCAGAGAAUCAGACGUUGCCAGGCGAGCUGCCUGAGCAUGUGGGUCCAGCAGAGAGUGUUCAUGACGGUGGAGCCCCAGAGGUAACCUGGGGACCUGAGGAUGAGGAACUGUGGAGGAAAUUGUCCUUCCGCCAUUGGCCCACCCUCUUCAAUUACUACAACAUCACACUAGCCAAGAGGUACAUCAGCCUGUUGCCAGUCAUCCCUGUCACUCUGCACCUGAACCCACAGGAGGCCUUGGAGGGUCGGCAUCCUCAGGAUGGUCGCAGUGCCUGGGCCCCACCUGGGCCUUUGCCUGCUGGGCUCUGGGAGGCUGGACCUAAGGGAGGUGGAACACAGGCCCAUGGUGAUGUUACCUUGUACAAGGUGGCUGCGCUUGGCCUGGCAGCUGGCAUCGUCCUUGUGCUGCUGCUGCUCUGCCUCUACCGGGUGCUUUGCCCUCGUAACUAUGGGCAGCCAGGUGGUGGUCCCGGCAGGCGGAGACGUGGGGACCUGCCCUGCGAUGACUAUGGCUACACACCCCCUGAGACAGAGAUCAUCCCACUGAUGCUGCGUGGGCACCUCAUGGACAUUGAGUGUCUGGCCAGUGAUGGGAUGCUACUGGUGAGCUGCUGCUUGGCAGGGCACAUCUGCGUGUGGGAUGCACAGACUGGGGACUGCCUCACACGCAUCCCUCGCCUGGGACCACGCAGGGACAGCAGUGGAGGUGGCGCUUUUGAAACCCAGGAGAACUGGGAAAGGCUGUCGGAUGGUGGGAAAGCUAGCCCAGAGGAGCCUGGGGACAGCCCUCCGCGACACCGCCCCCGGGGCCCUCCACUGCCUUCCCUCUUCGGGGAUCAGCCAGACCUCACCUGCUUAAUCGACACCAACUUCUCCGUGCAGCCGCCCCCAGAGCCCACCCAGCCUGAGCCUCGGCACCGGGCAGGCUGUGGUCGUACUCGGGACUCUGGCUAUGACUUCAGCCGUGUGGUGCAGCGCGUGUACCAGGAGGCGGGGCUGGCUGCUAUGCACAUGCCGGUCCUGCGCCCUCCUUCCCCAGUACCCACACUAUCCCAGGCCUCUAAAGAUGAGGGAUGUGCUCCUGAGAAGUGCUCCCCUUCUCUGGCCUGGGCCCCCAGCACAGCAGGCUCCAUCUGGAGUUUGGAGCUGCAAGGCAACCUCAUCGUGGUUGGGCGAAGCAGUGGCAGCCUAGAGGUGUGGGAUGCCAUCGAAGGAGUGCUCUGCUGCAGUAAUGAAGAGGUCUCCUCCGGGAUCACAGCCCUUGUCUUCCUGGACAAGAGGAUUGUGGCUGCCCGACUCAAUGGUUCUCUUGAUUUCUUCUCCUUGGAAACUCACACUUCUCUCAGCCCCUUGCAGUUCAGAGGAGCUCAAGGGCGAGGUAGUUCUCCAUCAACUCCUGUGUACAGCAGCAACACAGUGACCUGCCACCUGACCCACACAGUGCCCUGUGCACAUCAGAAACCCAUCACAGCCCUGAGAGCUGCUGCUGGGCGCCUGGUGACUGGGAGCCAAGACCAUACUCUAAGAGUAUUUCGACUGGAGGAUUCGUGCUGCCUCUUCACCCUGCAGGGCCACUCGGGGGCAAUCACAACUGUGUACAUCGACCAGACCAUGGUGCUGGCCAGUGGAGGACAAGAUGGGGCCAUCUGCCUAUGGGAUGUGCUCACAGGCAGCCGGGUCAGCCAUAUGUUUGCUCACCGUGGAGAUGUCACCUCUCUCACCUGUACCACUUCCUGCGUCAUUAGUAGUGGCCUGGAUGACCUCAUCAACAUCUGGGACCGCAGCACAGGCAUUAAGCUGUACUCUAUUCAGCAGGACCUGGGCUGUGGUGCAAGCUUGGGGGUUAUCUGGGACAACCUGCUGGUGACUGGCGGCCAAGGCUGUGUCUCCUUUUGGGACCUAAACUAUGGGGACCUGUUACAGACAGUCUACUUGGGCAAGAACAGUGAGGCCCAGCCUGCCCGCCAGAUUUUGGUGCUGAACAAUGCUGCCAUUGUCUGCAACUUCGGCAGUGAGCUCAGCCUGGUGUACGUACCCUCUGUGCUGGAGAAGCUGGACUGAGGGCAGGCUGGCUACACAGGGGCCCCUGCUGCUCAGGAUGGGGUGCUGUGAGGUGGGCCAAUUCAUUGGACUUAGACUGGAGGCCGGAACUGGACAUCAUCUCGCAACCGCCUCAACUGUCCUUUCGCCUGACUGUAAUAUUAAACUUUUUAAAAAACCACCUUUA